AUGAAGCCUUGUACACCAACCUGUGUGGAUAUGGGUUCUGAGUGUGAUCCCAGCGACCUAGAGAAGUUUCAGACUGUGGUACGGAAGAGGGUGGCAGCCAACGCCCGAGAGAGGAAAAGGAUGCAGGGAUUGAAUACAGCUUUUGACCAGCUACGCAAAGUGGUUCCUCAGUGGGGUCAGGACAAGAAACUUUCCAAGUAUGAAACCUUGCAGAUGGCUCUGAGCUACAUCAUGGCCCUCAACCGCAUCCUGAAUGAUUCUAGAAAAAACAGUGCCUCUCACAGGCAAUGGCUGGAUCUGCAGUAUGACAGCCUGCAAUCUGAGAGCUACCCCUGCAUCGUGACAUACAGCUCACCCAAUGAGAAUGAGUGCAUGUACACAUCCUUCUCCUACCAUCACGAAGAUUUCCAAGUCCUGACUUAG